AUGACCCGGAGACAUUCAAGAACGCACCUGUUUGCUUGCAACUCGUCGGUCGGACUCUGGAGGAAGAGGCGGUCAUAAAAAUGACCGAAAUUGUCGAUAUGGCGCUGGCAGCUGCCAAAUAAGGGUAGCUAUCGAGACAGUAAUGAUGAACAACAAAUCACUCAAUUUAUACCUUAAGCUUGCUCCUGUACAAGCGAUAACUUUCGGUGUGGUCGGUUUGACAUCGGAAGCGCGUCUGAGCAACUUUGGCGCAGUCCACUUCGUGAUUGCACCCUGCCUAGUCCUACUACGUGCGCGGGAGUUUAUGAUACACUUCAAGCUGUAGCCGUGUGUGAGUUCGGGAUUAUGAUACUAGGAGAUUGCUUUUCGCCGCGAGUGGUUCAUUCGUGUAGAGCAUCACACAGUUGGCACUCAAGAUUAAGUAUCGAUAGAUCUUGAAAGCCACUGCAUAUGUAUGUCCUUGGCACUUACAUGUACACCAUGCAAACUUCGACGUUCGAAGCUUGUAUCCUCAC